AACCUCAGGCAUGCCAAGCUGGUGAAAAGUCAUUGUUUUAGCUAUAAACUCUUACGACAGACAGUUUUGAAACCUGAGUUCUCGGCGUUCAUUCAGGGCGAAGCAGGAGAUCAUCAGAGCUUCUCCUAAGAGCAUUCUAUUUUUGAGAAGAUCUUACGUAGAUUUGAAUCAUUGUUAAACCAUUUGUUCUUUAUGCCUUUGGAAAAGAUAGAAGAUCUAAAGGUGGACUGGGAUGUGAAACGUGCUGAAGUUGGGGAGGUGGAAGGAAUUCCUCUUCCAAAAGUUAUUUGUAACAUAUGGCAUAAAAUCUGGGCUUUCCAAGCCAAACCAGAUGAUCUACUCAUUGCAACCUACGCAAAGGCAGGUACAACAUGGACACAGGAGAUUGUAGACAUGAUCCAGUGUGAUGGUAAUAUCAAAAAAUGUAAACGUGGUUCAACUUAUGACCGACAUCCUUUCAUUGAAUGGGUUAUAAACAAACAUUUUCCUUCAGGCCUGGAGAAAGCUGAAGCUAUGCCUUCACCAAGAACAUUGAAAACUCAUCUUCCUGUCCAGUUGAUUCCUCCAUCCUUUUGGGAGAAAAACUGUAAGAUCAUAUAUGUGGCAAGAAAUGCUAAAGACAAUCUAGUGUCUUAUUAUCACUUCCAUAGAAUGAAUCAAAUGAUGCCUGAGCCAGGAACAUGGGAGGAAUUUUUUGGGAAAUAUUUAGAUGGAAAAGUGCUAUGGGGAUCCUGGCAUGAUCAUGUAAAAGGAUGGUGGAAGGCUAAAGCUAGUAAUCGUGUUCUCUUUCUUCUCUAUGAAGAUAUGAAAGAGAAUCCUAGGCGUGAAAUCCAGAAAAUAUUGCAAUUCUUGGAGAAGGAUGUGGAGAAGGAUGUUCUGGAGAAGAUAAUUCAUUACACCCAAUUUGAAAUAAUGAAAGACAACCCCAUGGCAAACUACACCUUUUUACCUCCACAAAUAAUGGACCAUUCAAUCUCCCCAUUCAUGAGAAAAGGAGUUGUAGGGGAUUGGAAGGAUUAUUUUACUGUGGCACAAAAUGAGAAAUUUGAUUCAGACUAUAAGAAGAAGAUGGCAGGAACUUCUCUUACUUUCCGCAUGGAGCUGUAGAGGAAGAAAAAAAAGUCAUUAGUGUUUUACGUCAUUGAAGUCUGAAGUUUAAACCUAGGGAUCAGUCCUUUUAUUCUCCAGAUUGCUUACUUGGAUGUAUUGGAUAAUAAAAAUGUAUUCAUUCA